AUGAAAAUGGAAAAAACUGAUCUCAAACCCUUGAUGACAAAAUCAUCUUCACCUGCUGUUAGACAAGAACUUUCUCAUUCGAUGCAACUUAAUGUCGCACAGAUAUGGCCAUGUCGGUUCUGCGGUAUAAUGCUUGGCAUUUGUCAUUUACCACUUGGCAUUGUGUUGCUUGUAUUUGAUGUUCUUACUAACAAUAUCUCGGAAACAGCAUUUGCUGUGACAGCAUCACUGUCAUUUAUCGUCUGCGGAAUUUUCUCAUUUAUUUCGGCAAGAAGACUAGACCGCCCAGCGCAAUUGUUACUGCUGCUUUUUUCAAUGUUUUCCAUGGUAAUGAGCAUAACAAUGUUUGUGGAUAGUGCUGCUUUAAUAAAUUACAAUUGUGAUCGAGGCGAGUGUCACGGAGCAAUAAGUAACGUCCACGUUGUUCUUCUCUGCUUCGGUCUGAUCGAAUUUACGGUAAGUUUUGCGACGAUGAUUGUUUGUUUUCGAUCAUUAAGACAGGCCUAUCGAGUACGAAAAGCAAGUUCGCCUUAUAGUACAUUGAUCGAAGGGGACUAUAAUGCCUUUUAUAUUACACCAAGGAAAAUAAGUGUCUAUAAAAAGAGCUCGAAAUGCCGGAGUAUGUCUUCAGGUGACCACAGACUCUGA